CAAAGAGGAAAAAAGUAAUACUCAUUGAAUUUCUUUCAUGACAAGGCAGCGGCUAUAAAUAAACGUUGUACAAUCCACAAUUUGCCCAUUCCCACUUUCCAAAUAUCUUCAAAACUUUUAACAAAUCAUUUUUUAUCUUAUCCCAAAAUUUUCUAUUUCCCCUCUAUGUUUGCAGAUCCAAAUACUCAUAUUCUUCCUUACCAGAAUCUGUUCAUUUUCACUUCAUCAACAAACUUUUUUAACUACUUUUUAUUUUUGCCUAAUUUUGGAUAAUUUUGAGUCAUGAAAUCAAUCAAUUUGAUAACCAUGACGCCUUGUUGUCGAAUUUUAAUCCCAUGUAGAAGCAAUUCUUUUCUGGGUCUUCCAUUUAAGAAGACCCAUCAUUCAUUUAGUACAAAUUCGUCGAAUUUUUGUUUGAAUUUUAGGCAAAAAUGUGAUUUUGACAGUUACCCAUCUCGUAUGUUGGGCCCUGGAAGGACAAUCAAUCGGACCCAGAAGCUGUUUUAUGUUUUGGGAAAAUCAUCUUUGGGUCAAUUUAGGGUCAAGAGAGGUUUCCAUGUAAUUGCUAGUGUUGCAUCUAGGAAUUAUUCAACUUCGGUUGAGAAAACGCGUGUUAAUGACAAGAAUUUCGAGAGGAUUUAUGUGCAAGGAGGUUUGAAUAAUGUGAAGAAGCCAUUGGUGGUGGAAAAGGAUGAUUUAAAUGAACAAUAUGCUGCUGCAACUGAGCAACAUGUGAAUGAAGAGAAUGUUGAGAAAGUUGAAGGGGUGAAAGAGGAGUCGCAGGCGGUGAAGGAAGCGUGGAAGUUGUUGGAGAAUGCUGUAGUUACAUAUUGUGGGAGCCCUAUAGGGACACUUGCUGCUAAUGAUCCUAAUGAUAAAUUGCCGUUGAAUUAUGAUCAAGUAUUUAUUAGGGAUUUUAUUCCAUCUGCCCUUGCAUUUUUACUCAAAGGGGAGAAAGAGAUUGUUAGAAACUUCCUACUUCACACUCUGCAACUGCAGAGCUGGGAGAAAACUGUGGACUGUUACAGUCCAGGGCAAGGAUUGAUGCCUGCUAGUUUUAAAGUUAGAACAGUGUCUCUCGAAGAUAACAAAUACGAAGAAGUUCUUGACCCGGAUUUUGGGGAGUCAGCUAUUGGCCGUGUAGCACCUGUUGACUCAGGCUUGUGGUGGAUUAUCUUGUUGAGAGCUUACGGGAAGAUCACCGGUGACUAUGGGUUACAAGAAAGAGUCGAUGUACAAACUGGCAUAAAGCUGAUAAUAAACCUGUGUUUAUCUGAUGGGUUUGAUAUGUUCCCUUCUUUGCUAGUCACUGAUGGUUCCUGCAUGAUAGAUAGGCGGAUGGGUAUUCAUGGACAUCCUCUUGAGAUUCAAGCAUUAUUUUACUCAGCACUUAGGUGCUCCCGUGAGCUGCUUUCUUUGGAUGAAGGAUCCAAGAAUUUGGUGAAUGCCAUAAACAACAGACUUAGUGCAUUGUCAUUUCACAUUAGAGAAUAUUAUUGGGUUGAUAUGAAGAAGAUCAAUGAAAUAUACCGCUAUAAUACAGAGGAGUAUUCCACUGAAGCCACUAACAAAUUUAACAUCUACCCUGAACAAAUCCCUGGUUGGUUGAUGGACUGGAUUCCUGAGGAAGGUGGUUAUCUUAUUGGCAAUUUACAGCCUGCUCACAUGGACUUUAGAUUCUUCACACUUGGAAAUCUAUGGUCUGUUGUGUCAUCUUUGGGUACCCCAAAACAGAAUGAAGCCAUCCUGAAUCUGGUCGAAGCAAAGUGGGACGAUCUUGUGGGGCUCAUGCCUCUUAAGAUAUGUUACCCAGCUCUGGAGUCUGAAGAGUGGCGUAUAAUCACUGGUAGUGAUCCUAAGAACACACCUUGGUCAUAUCAUAAUGGGGGUUCAUGGCCAACUCUCCUCUGGCAGUUCACACUGGCAUGCAUCAAGAUGAAUAGGAUUGACCUGGCUAAGAAGGCAGUUGAUUUAGCUGAGAAAAGGCUUCGAGUGGAUCAGUGGCCUGAAUAUUAUGAUACAAGGUAUGGUAAAUUUACGGGAAAGCAAGCCCGGCUGUACCAAACAUGGACUGUAGCUGGUUUUCUGACAUCUAAAAUGCUGUUGGAGAAUCCGGAGAUGGCUUCCUUGCUAUUCUGGGAAGAAGACUAUGAUCUUCUUGAGAUCUGUGUCUGUGCUCUUAAGAAAUCUGGAAGGAAAAAGUGCUCACGUGGCGCGGCCAAGUCUCAGAUCCUUGUAUGAGUUAACCAUCAUUCUUUCAGAUGUUUUAACACAUUUUACAUGUACAGGAAGUAGCUCUAGGAUAAGGGUAUGUCACUAUGUCUGGAGGGUUUUUUAACCUCAAGGCUUUAGACAAAAGAAGAAUAGUCUUUUACACAUCAUUAUGGAAUUACCAUUGUUUUUGUAAGUCAAUAAUCAAUUGUAAUACUAGUUCAUCAACUUAGGAAAUGAAUCCAAGUUCAUUUAAGGCCUUCAUAAACAGGUCUAUUUAUCCCCACAGGAAUUAUUCUGUAUAUAUUAAUUAUACUACGAUGAAUGACAUGUUUGUAUUUGCUUCUUA